AACACAAAUGCACAGUUGGGAGAGGGAGGUUUGGGAGGCUGAAGGAACAUCAUAAAUUCUUCCUUGGCAGUGGCUGGCUUGCCCUAGGAAGAGCUCAGUGGGGAACAGAGUUUUGACUUCCUAGAAAGGCCCUUCAAACUGAGGUUCCUAAUUCAGCUGUCUCUUCCUGAAAGUAACUCAUUGGAUGCCCCUUUGAAUAUAUUUUGCUCUGUACGCCUUGAAGUGGGUGAUGCUUUCGACUCCUUUGCUCUCGUUAGAGAGGAAUCUGGUUGCCUAGACAGCUGGUAUAGCACAGUGGGGAGGAGAGCCUGGCUGGGAGUCCAGAGUCUGUGAGUCCACAUCCCCACUUGUGUCUCCUGGGAGUAAGGAGCCAGCUAAAGAUCACCCCCACAAGGAGAGCCAUGGAGGAACGCAGUCCCACAGGUGCCCCACAAGAAGCCAUGUCAGAAGCGACAGGAGAAGCCUCCCAUGGCUUCCAGGUGGCGUCUGAGGCUGCAGCUGUGGGUUCAUUGUCCACAGCUGGCCCGGCUCCCUCCACCGCUGGGUUUUGGCAACCAUGGGUGGAACCCAAGCAGGAAGAUGGCCGCAGGGAAGCCAGCCUGAUGGCCAAUGAUGUGCAAGAAAGUAAACAUGAGGAUGAACCAUACAGGAGGGUGGAGGAUGAGGGAACGGAAGAGAACUUGCAGCAUCAAGGUGGACCAAAGAGACAAGAGGGAAACCACUCUCAGCAGAGGAGGACUCAAUCUGUAAUCUGGUAUAACUGUUCUGAGUGUAGAAAGAACUUCAACAUGAGCUGUAACAUGACCGAACAUCAGAGAUUUCACAGAGAAGAUAAACUUUAUCAAUGUGAGGAAUGUGGAAAGAACUUUAACAGUAGAUCGAACAUGACAGUACAUCAAAGAAUUCACCGAGGAGAGAAACCUUAUCAAUGCGAGGAAUGUGGAACGUGCUUCAAUUGGAAAACAAGACUCAUAUUACAUCAAAGAAUUCACAAAGGGAGAAAGAAUCUAUAAAGGUGAAGUAUGCAGAAAGAACUUCUGCUACAAACCAAACAUGAUAUACACAUGUUCAUGCUAUAGUGAGAGUCUUGAUGAUUAAUCAAACCUUCAGGAACAUGAAAAUGCACAUAGGAGGGAAAUCUCAUAUCUGCCUGGAAUGUAGUAAGAGGUUCAGUCUCUGCACACACCCAAUUUUUAUCAAGGGAUGCAGUCAGAGACCGCCUUUCCUUCUGAAUCUCCUAAUACAUGGCAGUGAUCAGCUGGGCCCAGCAGAUGUAGGGUGCUUCUUUAGACUUUUUAGACGUGAAAGGUAAUUCAGCUAAGCGAGGCUGUUUUUAUUGAGUACUCUAUGUGGAACUCCCUGCCUUGGGUUCUGUGGCUGACUGAUGAUAUUAAUUGUAUGUUUUUAAUUGGAUUGUGUUUAAUUGUUUCCCUAGCUUCAUUAUUUUAUGAGAGUUGCGUUUGGGAGAAGCAAGAUGAUAGAAAUGUUUUGCCCUGCCUGAUUGAAGGCAACCUUUUCUUCCUUUUUUACACUGGGGCCUUCCCACAGCAAAGUAACUAACUAAAUGCUCAGAUAAUAGGGAAGGGCCGCUGGGUAAUCACGCUGAAUGGUAUAUUUUGGAGAUCGUGGGAGUUGCAGUCAAACAACAUGUGGAGGGCAGCAGAGUGGCUUUUCCUGGAUCAGGAUCUUGAAUUGGGGACGUAAGGAAGAAGGGAAACGUUGGAAAGGCUUCUUGGCUUGUCCAUCAUUCAGCUGUAUUGUAAACUGUUUUUUUAGAUCGCUUAUGCAUCUGUGACUGUUUACUAAUAAAGUUGUGUAUAUGUUUGUUUUCUGCCCUUCCUCGCCCAUUUUAAGGUAGAAGGGACACACACAGAGCCUGCCAUUUCUAUCACACUCAAAGCUGGCCCUAGGAUAAAUAGCACCCUGGGCAAUGAGUGUCUGCGUGCAUGCGCAGGCACCCGCCCACACCCAGAUCAGCUUUGCAUGGCCACCCAGGAUGCUGGGGCCACAUGCAAGAAUUAUUAUUGCAUGCACAGACUACAUGGGAGAAUUCUUGCCUAUAGCUUCUUGCCCUCUGGGAUCAAGCAGAAUGAUAGAUGUGUGCUUCAUUUUUACUCAUAUGGGGAUAAGGGAAUGAAGAUCUGGUUGUGCUUCUCCUGAGUACCUCCUCCAAUGCCAGAGGCCCCCCUCCCACUGGCAGAGUUUCUUCCUGUUUCCUGGGGCUCAGUCUUACAGGAAUUCCAGUAGUGGCCUGCUGCUGGCCUUCUCCACUCAAGAAGGAUUCCUCCCUUAAAGCCUGCCAUUGCACCACUCCUGUGCCUAUGUGGUAACUGCCACAGAAAACUACUCUCCAGUAGCACUGUGCCUGGAAACUCACUACUUGAACUCUUUCCCCAAUGGGACUGAAGCCCUUUCAGUUACAAGAA